UGCCCCGAGAUCACGCCCGAAGAGAUCACGCCCACGGCGCAACGGCCCGCGCCGCCCGCCGACGCUUACAUCAUCCCCCCCGAAACGGCCGUCACCGCCAAACAGCGCCGCGAGGAGACGGUCAUUUUCAGCGGCAAGAAGAGCGUGUACAGAUACGAAUCGCUCGAAGCGACGGGGUCGCCCGCCUUCGAAAGCCCCACGACCGAGGACAGCGUUUCGCACCAUAUCACAGACACCGGCAUCUCCCUGACGCGAGGCACUACCACCGACACGUUAACGAGCCCCGCGGGCGCGCCCCCGGCGCGGUUGCUCCCUGACGACUCGGGCCGUCUCCUGUCCGACACGGCGGUGGACGUGGGCAUCGAGGAGACGGAGCUCACCGACGCGGGUUUGAGCCCCAUCGCCCCCGACGACGUGGGCAUCGGGCUCCUGCCUGCCGCAGACAUGCUCUUCCUCGAAGAGGAAUUAGUACUCGCUCAAUACUGCGACGCGGCCUCUAGUCCGGUCGAAUUCCGCACAGAAUCCACAUCCGUCGCCCUCUCGCCUUUGCAAGUCGAGACGUCCGAGGCGAGCGUUUCGACAGACCGCAUCGAUACCAAGGACGCGAGCGUCAGCCCCAUACGCGACGACGCGUCGUCUGAAGCACUGGAAGAACGAAGAGGUUCCGGAGACGUCCGCGCGAUGGUCCGCCUCCUCGAAGAAGGGGAGAAACUGCGCGCGCUGGAAAAGAUGCAACGCCCGCCCACGCCCGGUCGCGUGGUGGCGCCCGCAGAGGCCGCCGCCGCCGCCCC